AUGGUACAUAUUCCAGACAAAAAACUCUCUCCCAGCUCAGAAAAGUGCGGAGAGAUUCCUGGAUACUUAAAAUGGAGGCAUCUUACGUCUGGGCAAAAUGAUGCGAGGCUUCCGAAGUUUGUUUCCUUUCUUAUUCGGGUUAUUACGCUGACAGAUUCUGUCAUUUCCUUCAACUCCACAAAGAGGCUUACAAACACCCUCCAGUCUGUGUGCAGGACUGUGUCGCACCUUACAAACUGCAAGAUAACCGAGAUGCAUUAUCGCCAGAUCCUGCACAUAUUUGGCGAGAUAUAUGUGUACACGCCAUCGCAGUUCAAGGGCGUGACAAACCUAAUUGUCUCUAAGGUGGAAAUGGAGAACAGGCUGAUGGUCUGCGAAAGAAAAGCCAUAACCUGGAUAAGAGCAAAAUACUCUAGCAUGCAUCCGGCCAGCAUAACCACAAACCUGGCCAAGGAAAUAGACCAGCUUAUUAUGGAGGAUGCAAAGUUUAAGGCCUCAAUGCUUCCGGACGCAGAUAUGCCGGUGCUGCACGAGGCGUGCGCGCUUUCUCCGCCCGUUCCCAUGCAGGAAAUCGAAAUAGCAAGCAUGCCGGAGAAAAAGCCAGAAGUUCUUGCUGGCUUGGACGGCAGAGCAGAGGGGCUGCACGGCGCGCCAGACCUUCCCUCUUCAAACUCCCCGCCUCUGCCCAACAAAAGGGCCCUUUCUAUUCUAGAGCGAAUCAGGCAGAGAGAGCAGGAAAGGCGGGAGAGCUUUAUUCGAAUGGAGGAGGAGAAAGAAAAGGAGGUGGUGAAGGCUGCCCACGCCAUAUUUUCCUUGGCAAUAACCCUAGGGAAGCGGUCGUUUGAGCAGGAGUUUAUAGAGAAAAAAGUCUCUCUUUUUGCACAAAAAACAGUAACCAUAGAAGAUGUUCUUAAGCACCCGCUCACAAAAAAUCUGAUACGAGAAAAAGAAACCGAGGACAGCACAAAGUAUUUACUGCUUGAUUUAGAAAAGUAUAAAAACACACAUUUGAAUAAAAGAUAA